GUUAAGAAAGCAGCCAUGGUUUUACAGCGGACUAAAUCUGUUACUUUAGGGCAAAGCUAUUAUCUUUAAGAUAAAAAAAAAAUAGAAAUGAAAUACCCAUUGCAGAACACAGAAAUGAACUUCAGUGUAGUUAUAGAGCUGCCACCAUGAGGAGAGCAGAAGAAAGGGAGGAGAAAAAGAGCUGCCUGCAAACCAUGGAAAGCUUUGGAAUGAAGGAUGGUAGGCAGAACAAGAAGGCAAAACCAGCCUUUGGGAUGAUACGCAGAGGAAAUGCUUCUGAUAUGGAGAAGAUGAAGCCCCAUUUUUUCAGGGUCAUGCUUGAUUUCAUGCUGAAAGAUGCCAAAAUUUACAUUCCUACUGAGUUUGUGAAGAAAUAUAGAUCCAGGCUUGGCAGCUCUGCAACUUUGAAGGUUGCUAAUGGCGAUACAUGGGAAGUAGAGCUGGCUACUGAUGAUGAUGGGCUGAUUUGGCUAGUCAAAGGCUGGGAAGACUUCACAGAGCACCAUUCUUUGAAUCAAGGUGAUAUUGUGGUGUUCCGGCUAGAGCAGGACAGCUUAUUUCUCGUAAUGGUGUUCGAGCCCACUGCCAGCGAGAAGAAGUUUCGUUGCAAGGAUGUGAAUGGCCUUGGAAGGAUGUUCAAUGAGGUCAAAGUUGAGGAGGAAAUUAAUGUGGGGAAAGAGACAGGGAAGCUCAAGGAAGUGAAAACCAAGAAGAGUGGUGGAGAAGGGAAGAGAAAGGUGAAAUUGGCUGCUCCAUUGGAGAGUUCAUAUCAUGACUCCAUUUGAUGCAGGAACACUGGGACCAAGGAGGGGCAAUGCCUCAACAAGCUCGACGAAUCCAAGCUUCUCUAUUACGAUGAUGGAAUAUAACAUGAAGAAGCACUUCACAGGUUUGCCGAGUGCUUUUGUGUUUAACCACAUGAAGCCUGAAAGUAGUAAUGUGAAGGUUUCUGCUGAAGACGGGUCUGGUUCAUGGGACUUGUCCUUUAUCUUUAGUGUAUGCCAUGGACGCACCAGUGGACGGGGCAGUUUUGCUGGUGGUUGGACCGUGUUCCGUAGGGACAACGCUCUUGAACUAGGAGACGUUUGCUGGUUCGAGCUCAUCUCCGAUGGCCAAAUGAAGGUGACUAUCGAGAGACAUUAAGGCUCUGGUUGGUUUGCUUGUGUUUGAAGCUUUGUGGUUUAGGGAUUUAAUGGGACAAGUACUAUAAUUCGGAGAGUGGCUAAGGCUUAAGCCUUUGUUAGUAUUGGGAUCUUGAAGUUCCCCAUGAAUUGUGUUUGAUAGCUCAACAGUGAUAUGUGCUCUGUCGAAGCUUCGGACCUUGUUGGAAUGGAGUUGGUUGUGUUUUAGGGAUGAUCAUCUAAGAUUGCGAACAAUUUGUUAUCGUCGGGGGACUAAUG